AUGCGAUCAUUCUGCAGCAAGAACUCUGCCGGUGCUUUGGUGCUGUGGUGCUUUAUAGUGCUGCAUGCAGUGUCCUCCAUUCAGGGGGUCAAAUUUUCGAGCACCUUUUCGUCCAGCAAUCGAGCAGCACUGUUGAGGCGGCCACCGAAUUCAAUGGCCGUGCAAACGCAACCGUUUACAGCGCGUGACCGAGGGGCGGGUAGCGAACCGGCGGCGGAGGCCACCGUGAGUCGCGUGGCCUACAUGAAAUCUAUCCCGCUGCGGGUACUGAACUGUCUGGAGCACGUUUCAAUCGUUGAGUGCGGUAAGCUGUAUCUGCUGCAGAAUAUGGAAUCAAAAGGCUAUCGGUUCGCGGAUACGGGCAACCUUACGCAUGACGUCCAGCAGGUGCUACUGCCCGGGUAUCGCAGCGCGGAUAACAAACUAUUCAGCGAUCGAUUGCUGCAGCUGAAUGGCAGUGACGUGAAUGAGCGGCUCGGGCGGGGGUUACGGUUGCUGUUUAACGAGCGGCUCGUCGAUCUGAAGCUUGUGCCCGGUCUGGCCGUACGGUUGACACCGAGCGAUUCGAAUGAGCUACAGUUUUCCGUCAAGAAAGAGGUGGCGCUCGUGGAUGGCGAGGUGGGCCGUGAUAAGGCGAAGAAGGGCAUCAAGACGGUGCUACAGUUGACGGUGCCGUUGAUUCUGUUGCCUUCGAUGCUGCUGGCGGGCGUACUGCCCAUGAUACUGCCCGUCCUCAAGUUCGCUACCAUCUUCUCCAGUAUCGUCAACCACGCGGCACUAGCGGCGGCCAUUAUGUAUCUGGCGAAACAGCACGCCGCCGAGCAGGAGAGUAAACAGACGGUUUACUUCAACGCUGGUUACAACUGA